AUGGCAUCGAACAGCGCACAAAUGAAUUAUUCUUCGAAAGUUGGUUCUUCUUCAGCGACAUCAACAUCAAAUCCGGUGAAAGAAGUCUUCGUUGAUGCAAUGGUCGUCUUGAAAAUCAUCAAACAUGCACAUGAAGAAACAACAGACAAUGCACAAGGUGUCCUUCUUGGUUUGGUCAAAGAUGCUACACUUGAAGUGACAAAUUGCUUUGCGUUUCCAAAUCAAAAUAAACCUGAGAACAUCGAUCUUGACUUAGACCAGUACCAAAAGGAUAUCAUCCGAAAUCUACGUCGAGUCAAUUCCGAUUACUUACUCGUGGGAUUUUAUGAUAGUAGUUUCAAUCCAUCAAUCGCACAAGCAAUGGUAGAAUAUCAAUUGUCUUCUGUUGAAGAAUCGAUUGCACUUGUUUACGAUCAAGCAUUGGCCAUGCAAGGUUAUAUCAGUUUGAAAGCCUACCGUUUAACACCUGCUGCGCUUGAAAAUCUAAAGAAUGAAGAUUAUUUUUCACCCGAUAAUGCACGACAAGCCAAUCUGAAUUUUGAAACUUUAUUCGAAGAAUUACCAGUCAUCUUUAGAAACUCUCAUUUAGUGAAUUCACUUCUCUGUGAAAUUGAGGAACAAACAAGACUCAGUUCCAAAUCAAAUAAUUUUCUUGAUUUAGGCACCAGCGGAAAUCUCGAACGUCAACUCCGAUCAUUAAUCGACUGUGUGGAUGUGUUCGCCAAUCAUGCAGCACGAUAUACCACCUAUCAAAAACAACUUCAACGUCAACAAAGUCGCCGCAAUCAACGUGACUCCAACCGUCGCAAUGAUGGCAACGACGAAGAUUUCGAUAAUACCACCAAGUUCUAUGUCAAAUCAAGACGGGAAGCUUUACUCAAUGGUUCGCAAAUCAAUAACCAAUGUGAUAAUAUCACUCAAUUUGCAGCACAAGGUCUAGCUAAAUUAUUUAUGGCACAAGCUGUUCAUGAAAAACAAUAA